AUGUUCGGCCUCCUCUCUGCUCUCGUUCUCUCUCUCGUCGCCGGCUCCGAUGCCCUCACGGCCCACCACGGCGCCCAGCUCCGCCGCCACAGCGGCCUCGCCCGCAACUCCUACACGCCCCGCUCAACCUCCUACAAGCUCGUUAAGGAGUACAAGGGUGACACUUUCUUCAACGGCUGGGACUUCUUCACCGACUCGGACCCGACACACGGGCUCGUGAACUACGUCGACGGCGACGCGGCCAAGUCGCUCGCGUACGUCCAGUCCGACGGCACUGCCGUCAUCGCCGUCGACCAAUCCAACAACGUCGCCGCCGGUGGCAAGCGCAACUCCAUCCGCAUCUCCACCAAGGACUCGUGGGCUCGCGGCCUCUUCAUCGCCGACAUCUACGCUAUGCCCCACGGCUGCAGUGUCUGGCCCGCGUACUGGUCCCUAGGCCAGGGCGCCACCUGGCCCGACGCGGGUGAGAUCGACAUCAUCGAGAACGUGAACGAAGCGACGAGCAACCAGAUCACCCUCCACUCGGGCGCAGGCUGCACCCUGGACAAAGCCACCAACGCCCUCGCGAAGUUGGUCUCGACCACGUGCGCGUCCUCGAACGGGAACAACGCCGGGUGCGCGUACUCGCAGACGACGAACAACACCUUCGGCCACGGGUUCAACAUGCAGGCUGGCGGUGUCUUCGCCCACACGCUUGAGAGCGACUCGAUCUCCGUCUGGUACUUUGACCGUGACGCGAUCCCGUCCGACAUCUCGUCCGGCUCGCCCGACCCGUCGAGCUGGGGCACCCCCACCGCGUUCUUCCCGAACACUAACUGCGACAUCGAGAAGCACUUCCUCAACCAGAGCCUCAUCUUCGACAUCACCAUCUGCGGUGAUUGGGCCGGCUCUGCCUUCUCGGCGACCUGCUCCGGCACCUGCUCGGACGCUGUCGCUGACCCGGCCAACUUCGCUGUUGCGCAGUGGAAGAUCGCGUCUGUCUCCAUCUACCAGUAG